GGACCACUUGUCUUGGAAGAAGCAAUUCCAAGCGUUGAGAAGAAAAGAGUUACACAUGGCGGCAACUCUUCCUCGUUGAAUAAGAGUCACUGUUACUCUGAACUGUACUGUAACAUAACAUAACACCCUCUAAUUCUAAUUCUAAUUCUAUUAUAUUGCUUCGCUUCUUCAUUAUUCUUCUAUGCUCCGUUACACCCUCUCAUCCUCUCUUCUUCUUCGUCGCCUCUUCUCUCACCAUCACUUACCCACUAAAUUAAACUUCGCUUCCUCACCUGUUCUCAAAAUCAAGGUCCUUUCAAUGGCAACAACAUCUCAUUCCAACCACAAAUAUACCAAUCGACUUGCUUCCGAGCAAAGCCCUUAUCUUCUUCAACACGCUCAUAACCCAGUUGAUUGGUAUCCAUGGGGUGAAGAAGCUUUCGCCGAAGCACGCAAGCGAGAUGCACCUAUCUUCUUAUCAAUUGGGUACAGCACUUGUCACUGGUGUCAUGUUAUGGAGGUCGAGUCCUUUGAGGACGAGGGGGUAGCCAAGUUGUUGAAUGAUUGGUUUGUUAGCAUUAAGGUGGAUAGAGAGGAGCGACCAGAUGUUGAUAAGGUAUACAUGACGUAUGUGCAAGCUUUGUAUGGUGGAGGAGGUUGGCCACUGAAUGUGUUUAUUUCACCUGAUUUGAAACCUUUGAUGGGUGGAACUUACUUUCCCCCUGAUGAUAAGUAUGGACGACCUGGAUUUAAGACUAUACUUAGAAAGGUAAAAGAAGCUUGGGAUAAUAAGAGAGAUAUGCUAGUUAAGAGUGGAACAUUUGCAAUUGAACAGCUUUCUGAGGCAUUAUCUGCUACUUCAGUUUCUGAUAAAUUGCCUGAUGGUGUUCCAGACGAUGCUUUGCGUCUAUGCUCAGAACAGCUCUCUGGGAGCUAUGAUUCAAAGUUUGGUGGGUUUGGAUCUGCACCGAAAUUUCCCAGACCAGUUGAGAUCAACUUGAUGCUUUACCGAUCCAAAAAGUUGGAGGAUGCUGGGAACUUGGGUGGAGCUAAUGAAAGUCAGAAAAUGGUUUUCUUUAGCUUGCAAUGCAUGGCAAAGGGGGGCAUUCAUGAUCAUAUCGGAGGGGGUUUUCACAGAUAUAGUGUGGAUGAAUGCUGGCAUGUUCCACAUUUUGAGAAGAUGCUAUAUGAUCAAGGGCAGCUUGCUAAUGUUUAUUUAGAUGCUUUCUCUAUCACAAAAGAUACCUUCUAUUCAUGUAUAUUACGGGAUAUCCUUGAUUAUUUAAGGAGAGACAUGAUUGGUCCAGAAGGUGAAAUCUUUUCAGCAGAGGAUGCUGACAGUGCAGAGAUUGAAGGAGCAACAAGAAAAAAAGAAGGAGCCUUUUACAUAUGGACCAGCAAAGAGGUUGAAGGCAUACUUGGAGAGCAUGCUGCUCUUUUUGAGGAGCACUAUUACAUAAAACAGUCGGGUAACUGUGACCUAUCUACAAUGAGUGAUCCUCACAAUGAAUUCAAUGGCAAGAAUGUCCUGAUUGAGAGAAAGGAUCCUUCAGAAAUGGCAUCAAAGUAUGGCAUGUCAGUUGAGACAUAUCAAGAAAUUCUUGGAAAAUGUAGGCAUAAGCUGUUUGAAGUAAGGUCACAGCGGUCAAGGCCACAUUUGGACGAUAAGGUUAUUGUAUCUUGGAAUGGACUGGCAAUCUCAUCUUUUGCUAGGGCUUCUAAGAUUCUCAAGGGUGAAGCUGAAGGGACCAAAUUCUACUUUCCUGUCGUCGGCACUGAACCAAGGGAGUACAUGAGCAUUGCAGAAAAAGCAGCAUCCUUUAUUAUGAAGCAACUUUAUGAUGUGGAGACUCACAGGCUACACCAUAGUUUCAGAAAUUCUCCAUCUAAAGCUCCUGGUUUCUUGGAUGAUUAUGCUUUUCUGAUCUCUGGAUUGUUGGAUCUCUAUGAGUUUGGUGGUGGAAUCAACUGGCUUCUAUGGGCCAUUGAGUUGCAGGAAACCCAGGAUGCUUUGUUUCUUGAUAGGGAUGGAGGUGGAUAUUUCAAUAAUACAGGAGAAGAUCGUUCGGUUCUUCUCCGUGUGAAGGAAGACCAUGAUGGGGCAGAACCCUCUGGGAACUCAGUUUCCGCUAUAAAUCUUACAAGAUUGGCUUCCAUGGUUACUGGAAGUAAGGCUGAACAUUAUAAGCGAAAUGCAGAACAUCUAUUGGCAGUUUUUGAGAAUAGAUUGAAAGAUAUGGCGAUGGCAGUGCCUCUAAUGUGUUGUGCAGCAGACAUGCUGCAUGUACCUUCCCGAAAGCAAGUGGUCGUGGUUGGUGAAAGGGCUUCCGAGGAAUUUGAAAGCAUGCUUACUGCAGCUCACGCAUUAUAUGAUCCCAACAGAACUGUUAUUCAUAUAGAUCCCAACAAGAAGGAAGAGAUGGAAUUUUGGGAAAUAAACAACAGCAAUAUCGCUCUCAUGGCGAAGAAUAACUAUGCAGUCGGCAAGGUUGUAGCUCUUGUGUGCCAAAACUUCACUUGUAGCCCCCCUGUGACUGAUCAUUCGUCACUUGAAGCUUUGCUCUCCCAAAAACCCUCCUCUUCGUCUACAUAAGCUGUUGGUUCUAAUUUAUGAGAAAUAAAGUGCAUGUCAGUGAAAGCUCCCUCUUCAUCUACAGAACUUGUUGGCUUUGACUUGUGUAUUGAAUAAAAGUAGUUAAAUAUUCUCCCUUGAGUAGAGGGAUUGUUGCAUAUUCUUUUUGUUUGCCUGUGAACAAUAAAGCCAGAAUUUUUCUUCAAAUUUGAUACAGGACGAUGGAACUAUGUAUAUUUUUAUAGGUAACUGUUGAAAAUAUU